AGUGCCUAUGUUUGUGGACUGUGGUGACUCAGCACUAGAAGUUUUCUGGUUAUCCACAUGUUCUCAUCAUCGUCUUCACUCUUCAUCCACAGUUUCACAGUUCCAACUCAUAAAACCGUAAUCAUGCAUUAGAACAAAAUCGAAAAACAAUUAAUAAAAAACAGAGCUUGAUGAAAUGGCUGAACUCUUUUCCAGAAGCUUCCAUUGUCUCUCAGUUCCAUGCCGCAACCUUCCGCCAAAACCUUCGGAAAGGCUUCGAAUUUCUGCUCCAACUCUACUUCCCAAACGAUGGAUGAGCUUCACCCACCAUGCUCGUGUGCUUGCCAAUUCCAAUUCACCCUCAAGCUCUUACCCAAACUUUGAUCCUGAAGAUGUUGAUCUUCUCUCUUCAACUGAGUGUUCCGAUGGUAGUUUUGUGUUCCGGUUUGGCAAUGCUAGUGAGAUUAGAGAUAACCGUGAGGGUGUUGAGGAAGGAGGUAAAGCUGGUGUUAGAACUUUGAAGAGUGAAGGUGUUGAAAAAUUGAAUAUUGAGGUUGAUCAUAAUUCCGGGGAGGAUAUUGAAUCUUCUUGUGAGGGUGUUGAGGAAGGAGGUAAAGCUGGUGCUAGAACUUUAAAGAGUAAAGGUGUUGAAAAAUUGAAUAUUGAGGUUGAUCAUUAUUCCGGGGAGGAAAUUGAAUCUUCUUCUAUUGUAGUAGUUGGUGUUGCUGAUCAAAAUCCCCAGCUUCUCGUUAAUGAUAAGGAAAGUGUUGUUCUUGAUAAUGAUUCUGAGACACCUGUGAUCAAUGAUUCACUAAACAUUGAUAGACAUUUGAUGUUGGAUUCAGUAGAUGAUGGUGACGGUCAACAUGAAAUUUUAAGUGAAGAAGUUGCUGCUGAGUGUAAUGGUGUCCCGAGUGUGUCUCAGGAAGAUUCUGAAGUUGAUAGUCACAAAGAAGUUGUCGUUUCAACGGUUACUCUAGAAUCAGAUGUAUUUACUGAUCCGAUUAGUUGUGCUUCUGGGGAAGUUGAAGAGAAAGCUGACAAGGGUCAUAGUGUAGAUAGAGCAACAGACAACCUGACUGGUGGUGUUUAUGCUGACUCAAGCGAAUUGGUGCCAGUAUCCACUUCUUUAGAGUCUGAACAAGUUGUUUAUGGAGCAACAAACGACCUGCCUGAUGGUGUUGAUGCUAACUCAAGUGAAUUGAUGCCAGUAUCCACUUCUCUAGAGUCUGAACUAGUUGCUAAUGAUGAACAAACAACUCACCACAUUGUGGAUAACUCAAUUGAUGAGAGUAAAACGGGAAAGUCAGCAAUGUUACAUGACUUGGUUCCAUCCUCCGAUUUGGAAAACAAAAUAGAUGUGGGCAAUAGUGAAAUAAGUGAUUAUGAAAACCCCUCACAUCCUGCUGAACCAGAGAUACAUUCAGUUGAGACGGCUAUUCAGGGAGAAAAAACUUCAAGAAUGGAGCUUUUCCUAGUUUCUGGUGCGGCUUACUUGCCUCAUCCCUCUAAGGCAUUGACAGGUCGAGAGGAUGCUUAUUUUAUUUCUCGCCAAAACUGGCUAGCUGUGGUGGAUGGAGUUGGUCAGUGGUCACUUGAAGGGAGUAAUACUGGAGUGUAUAUCAGGGAACUCAUGGAAAAGUGUGAAAAUAUUGUGUCAAAUUAUGGAAACAUUUUAACAAUAAAACCUGCCGAAGUUCUCGCCAGAAGUGCUGCUGAAACACAAUCUCCAGGAUCAUCUGCUGUUUUGGUUGCACAUUUUGAUGGUCAGGCCCUCCAUGCAGCCAAUAUUGGGAACACUGGAUUUAUCAUUAUAAGAGAUGGUUCCAUCUUAAAAAAAUCAGCUCCCAUGUUUCAUGAAUUCAGUUUUCCAUUACAGAUAGUUAAAGGUGACGAUCCCUCAGAAAUCAUUGAGGGGUACAAGAUCUAUCUAAACGGUGGUGAAGUGAUUGUAACUGCUACUAACGGCCUUUUUGACAAUCUUUAUGAACAAGAAAUAGCAUCAAUUGUGUCAAAGUCCCUACAAGCUAGCUUGAGCCCUCAGGAAAUAGCAGAAUUAUUGGCAAUGAGAGCACAAGAGGUUGGAAGGUCAACAUCCACAAGAAGUCCUUUUGCUGAUGCAGCCCAGGCUUUGGGCUAUGUGGGAUAUACUGGUGGCAAGCUUGAUCAUGUAACUGUUAUUGUCUCAUUGGUUCAAACUACAUAGCUCUUUCUCAUUUCUUGUCUUUUUAUCUAUCUACAUUUCACGUGUAAAUGCAAACAGGUAUUUAAAUUUAUCAUGAUACUCAAGAGUCGCAAUUUUUUCUUAUCAACUUU